AAGUAGUAUGCUAGGCAGAAUAGAAUGUACAGAAUCAUGUUACUAAGAACGUAACUUAACUUAGUUCGAUCCAUGAAUGAUGACCAUCAGCAUCAAGAUUCAUGCAUCAACCAAUAAAAGGUUCAUCACCUAUUCUAAUUAUUAUCACCUAAUGUAUAUACAAUUUUUCUUCUUCGAAAGUGACCCCUCCACUAGCUCCCUUGUCUUUGAUAAACUAAUAAGACAUAAAUAGAUGUAGCAGUAGAAAAGAAAAAAAAGUGGGAAUCUUUUUCAUAAGUUAGGCCUACCUUUGUUUUUAAAAGGACUGGUGGUUGGAUCGUAAUAUUUUCUCCUCUCUUGCAUUUUUCGUCAACAUUGCAGCUGCUUGGAUAAGAAUAUCAGUUUCAUCCGUUAACCCAUUGUCACUAUCAUCCAACUAGUUAUUGAUGGGGUCCGAAGGGCCAACAGCAGUAACCAUCCAUGUGACUGGUUUUAAGAAAUUUCAUGGAGUUUCAGAGAAUCCCACUGAAACAAUUGUUGGUAAUUUAAAAGAGUAUACAAAAAAGAAAGGUUUGCCAAAAGCUGUUAUUCUUGGCAGUUGUAGUGUUCUUGAGACUGCAGGACAAGGAGCACUCACACCACUAUACCAGACAUUACAAUCUGCCUUAGUUGGGAAGGAUUCUGAAUCUUCAAGUUCUGGGAGAAUUAUUUGGCUACAUUUUGGAGUUAAUAGUGCUGCAAAUAGAUUUGCUAUUGAGCAUCAAGCCAUGAAUGAAGCUACUUUUCGUUGCCCUGAUGAGAUGGGAUGGAAACCUCAGAAAGAACCCAUUAUUCCUGCAGAUGGUGGAAUUUCACGUGUGCGAAAGACUUCUCUUCCUGUUGAGGAGAUUACAAAGGCCUUAGUAAAGAAGGGACAUGAGGUGAUGACUUCCAAUGAUGCGGGACGGUUUGUGUGCAAUUAUGUUUACUAUCACUCCCUUUGCUUUGCAGAGCAGAAUGGGACCAAAUCACUCUUUGUGCAUGUCCCUCUCUUCUUGACUAUAGAUGAGGAGACCCAAAUGAAAUUUGCUGCUUCCUUGUUGGAUGUACUCGCAUCUCUAUGUCAGUGACAUACUGUAUCCACUCAUCUUUAUAUCCAGGAAAGAAAUAAUGCGGUUGUACUGUUGUUGGCCAUGUAUGAGGGUGGAUGGAAGGAUGCAUGUUUACUGAAAGGCUUUAAUAAACAGAUAAGUAUAUGCAAACGAAAAAAAAAUGUAUAUCAGCACAUACAUCUUAUGUAUUUUUUUUUUCUAAAUAUUUCUUCUGGUGCUUGAAAAUUUCUCAGAAUCUUCAUGUUAAUAUGUGAAUAAAAUUCUAGUUUGCUGCGGUUACCAAAA